AUGGGGCCUCGCGUGUCGACGUUUGCGUUGCUGGUGCUGCUGCUGGUGGCGGCUGGUGACGCUCACCACAAGUCAAGCCACGCCACGAGGCACGGCGGUCGAGUCAGAGCGGCCCACAGGGCCGGCAAGGCGUCCCCAGUGGCGAGGAGCAAGGGCGCUUCCGAGGAGCCGCUGCUGGUCACCAUCAAGGCCGCCAAAGAGCUCGAAUACGACUUCGGAGACGAUGGGACGCUGGAGAAGGAAAUGAAGGCAACCGGACGCUACGACCCUAAAACGGUGGUUGGAUACGACGUAACACUGGACGAUCACCAGCGUAACCGCAUAUUCGUGACGACGCCUCUGGUCCGCCAUGGCAUCCCGGCGACGCUGAGCACCAUCCCCUAUGACGGAGAGCAGAGUCCGCGCCUGAAGCCCUACCCCAGCCUGGAAAUCCACCUCACCACCCAGGACUCCAUCACCGACUGCAGCACCCAGCUGGUGGACGUCAUCAGAACGACAGUGAGCCUCCUGUGGCAUGUACAUUCAGGCAAUGUGCUGUCGGUGACGGACCUCACCACUGGAGCCUCCAAACACCUGCAGAGCCAGUACUUCCACCCUAAGCCCGGCUUCUUCUUCACGAAGGCAGGAGGCCCAGCCUACUACCUACCGGACAGAAUCGAUGGAGUGACCGCCGACGAGAACUGCGAUGGCAAACUCUACUUCCAGGCGUUCACCAGCAACAUCCAGGGCGUUGUCGACAAGCAGGUCAUCCGAGAUGCAUGCGACGCGGAUGUUUUGGGCAUCAAGACGCAGGUUAAUCUGCCAGGAGAAAUACCAGGGCAGAGCGGAGCAAUAGCGGUGGAUCCAAAAGGACAGUUGCUAUUCUUCCCCCUGCUAGAAAAACUGGCUAUCUACUUUUGGGAUACGAGUAAGCCUCACGACCCAAAGAAUUUCCGCUUGAUCGUUCAAAAUGAUGAACAUGUACAGUAUAUCAGCAGCAUAAACAUAGACACCAAAACAGAAAGAUUAUAUGUAACUAGUGAUCGAUUAACGUCCUAUCUAUCAAAUACCACCAACUGCUCUGAAGACAACUUCCAGAUUCUGUAUAUUGACAUAAAGAAUAUAGAAUGUUAG